CUGCAUUUAUCUCUCCAAUUUGAAUCGGAUUACUUACCUAAAUUUUCAAGACUCUCCCUUCCUCUUUCCGAAAUCACACCUGAAUCUGCAAGUUCAUCGCGGCGCUCAAUCGCUCCAGUGCAGUGGAUAAACGCUUGGGGUGCUCCAACCAAUGAUGAUGCUAAAAUUCAAAUGGGCAUAAACAAGUGUAUGCUGCGAAAGCAUAAGAACAAUCGCAAACCUCGUACACCAUUCAGCACUCAGCAACUUCUUUCACUGGAAAGGAAGUUUCAACAGAAGCAGUAUCUGAGUAUAGCGGAGCGAGCCGAGUUCAGUGCCAGCCANUAUCAAUAUGACAGACCGUACUCUCGUGACAAUCGCCGGGCGAAAUCAAAGCGUUUACAAGAGGCUGAAGUAGAGAAGGUGAAAUUUGCUCAUGCUAACGCACUUGCAUCAGCGGCCAUGGUGAACGACUCAUCCAGAACGUUUGUCGCCUUAAGAUAUCCGACACAAUGGUGA